AUGCGCAAGCCCUCUGCCUGUACAGUCUGCCGAGCGCGUCGUCGCAAAUGCAUCUACCUACACGCACACCAAGAGGGUGCCGCCUGCGAGUAUUGCUCGUUACAUGGCCUAAAAUGCCUCCAAGGUCCACCAGAAGGCGGGUAUUAUGCACGGCGGAAAGCUAGACUCGAAUCAACCAAGACAUCCCCACAACCUGCUCCCAGCCAGGCUGUCUCAUCAUCGAGUUCCAGUGCUCAAGAGCUGCCGCCCAUUCCACUCAGGCGCGAACUGGUCGACUUAUAUUUCGACUACAUUCACGACCAGUUCCAUUCCAUGUACCACCGGGCGUCUUUCGUCGACCAUGUCAUGAACGACCGAGUGCCGGCCAUUGUACUCUUUGCCAUCUUCGCCCUGUCUGCAAGGUUCUCCACUAGCCAAGCAUUCGAUGCGACUGACCCGGGGGAACGGGGUGAACCUUACCGGGUACGAAGCGAGGAACUGCUGAACAUCCGUCAUGUGCACCCCACCACGGUCCAAGUGUGCAUUCUAUUAGGCGCAUACGCUGCCGCCAGUGGCCAGACCGAUGUCGAGAACAUCUUUUACAGCAUGGCUGGACGCAUGUGCCUUGCCCUUGACUUACCAAACCGUCCCGUAGCGAGCCUGGUGGAGCGUGAAUUGAAUAUCAGGAUAUGGUGGACCAUCUGCAUGAUUGAUGUUUGGUCAUCAACCGCAGUCCGAUUGCCGCGCAUCAUGCCAUUUCAUAGUGCCGUACCUCUCCCAGUUGACGAAGUCCCUUUCGGUUCCAUGGGCACGGAUUCAGAGUAUGGUUUCGUUGAACAGGCAUCAUCCUCCAUGUCUUCUCCACUGCUGGCUGAGAUGGUGAAGCUCAAUAGAAUCCUGGCCAGGAUCAUCGACUUUAACAACACAUGUGUAUCAGAACACCUUGAAGGCCUGCCUCUAGAAAAAGGCAUGCGCGAGCUGUCACGCGACUUGGACGUCUGGCUCCAAGACUUGCCGCCGCAUAUGCGCGACACACCAGAAAACUUCAACUACUUUGCAUCGCGGGGCCAUGGCCGCAUGUUUGCAGCUGUAUAUCUAGGAUACUACCACUUUGGCCAGCUCCUAAACUACCAAUUUCUGUCAUCGUCGAUUGAAUCACCCGUCGAGGCUGGGCGAUACGCCGACACUUGCAAGCAGCAUGCUGCACGGCUCUGCUCGCUCGUUUAUCGCUCCCAUUCAACACCUGGUAAUGAAGUCAUGUAUCCAGCAGUCUCGCACGUUCUCGUCAUCGCAUCUACUGUUCAGAUUCACACGCUCCUUUUUUCCGGCGACGAAGGACAGAUACGGAUUUCGAAAGCUAGACUGGAGCGGAACUUUGAAAUUUUGUUGCGGUUGCGCACAUAUUGGCCCAGUGUAGAUGGCGCUAUGAGUCGUCUCCGAGCGUUCCAUCAAACCUGUCUUCGAAGCAAAGAGACUAGCUUUGUAUUAGAUCGAUGGUUGCUGCGCUUCUUGGUCCAAUUCGCCCCCCACAUGGAGCUUGAACCGAGAGACCACGACCCUGAAUACGAGGCGCUGCUGGCAUUAAGUAAGCAGUCGCCGCUUUCAUGCUAUUCGGGUCUAUCCCUAUAG